AUGAGCCGAGUAUCGUUCCAUCCCCUCCCUGCGGUAUCGCGUCCGAAUCCUUUGGCAUCAGAUUCUUGGAGAAUACACGCCCCAAGACGGGAGACCAACUCGAAACCUACCGAAACACAGCCAUUGUUCCGAGAGGCGCCCCUCAUCUUUCCCAUCGAGAUAUGGGUGCUCAUUCUAGAUAUCCUUUUGGAACCACUCAAGCGUCCUUAUCUUCACUGCACUGCCGAUACCGUGGCCCUCUAUCAGUCACGCCUCUACAGGCUUUGCAAUACGGACCUAGGGAUCUGGUUUCGAGUCCGAUCGGUUUGUAGAACCUGGAUGCGAAUCGUCGACCAAUGCCCUCACAUGACAUUCCGAACCAAAUGGGAUGGGAGACUUUCGUCUCUGGAAGGGGUCACGAGCAUCUUCAUGGAUUGGUCGGAUGCCGAAAGCGCAAUAUUCCUGCACCAACUUGAAAACCUUCCGGAUGUUACUUCUUCACUCACUACCUUAGAGUUCUCUGAGGGGUGGAUUGUGGAGGAGGAGAGUCCUGUUCAAUUCCUCCUGGAAGGUGGACUGCAACUACCAAGGUUGCAAUGCCUCUCCCUCAGUGUCAAUUACCGUCCAUCUGAAGGCACACGUAUAUGGAACGGGAUCCAGAAGAAAUUUCCCAAUCUUGUAUCCCUCACCUUGAGGAAUGAGAUAGUACAACCAGAUACUAUCGAGCUUAUGCGCCUUGAAAUACUUGAUUUUUGGUCAUCUCCUACCUUAUCAGGUGGUGUCACGACCUACAACCUCCCUUCUCUGAAGCAUUUGUCCAUUCGAGGAGGGAGGUCGGCAUGUAAUACCUUGUUCCGUACGCAUGGAUCUCAACUCGAAUCUCUCUUCAUUUUUGAAAAAAUCGACCACAAGUCUGUGUGGAAAGAAGAGGGAGAAGCUUUGUGGUGCA